AUGAAGGUUCUUGGUGUCUGUUUACUGGCCUUUGUCGUCGCCGUGCAGCUUCGUCACAGUCAGAUAAAUAGCGUCAUUAAGCUAAUUAAAAAAUGUUUUAGCCACGGCGGCGUCACAUCCGAGAACCCAUGGGUAGUGCACCUCCGUAUUGCCGUAUCCACGAGUGGAUAUCUGAGAACGUGCGUGGGCUCACUCAUUGACAACCGCUGGGUGCUUACCGCUGCCAGUUGCAUGGAAAAUGUUCGCUUCGUUUGGAUCCGCUAUGGCGCUGAUAAUGUGAUCAACCCCGAACUGGUGACGGAGACUACCAUCGCGCGUACCAAUGGCGAAAUUGCUAUUAUUUCAAUCAACCGCGCUGUUGGAUAUACUGAUAACAUCAACGCCGUUGCCUUGCCUUCCAUCGAUGAUGAAGUUCCAGCAACAGGUAUAGUCUGUGGUUACGGAGCUGACGAAGACAACAAUCCAGGAGAACAGAUAAUCUGCCCGGAAAUCGUCUUGGAGCCUUUUGAAGAUGGAAAUAUCUUGGGUAUUAGUGAAGAUGUCACGCCUACCCACCAUGAUAUCGGUGCACCCCUCGUGAGCAAUGGUGUCCAGAUCGGUAUCCUCUCGAUUCCGAUAGGAAGAUCGCACAGUGCUGUUUUCGUGAACCCUGCCAAGUACAGAGACUGGAUUAAGGAACAAAUUGGUGUCGAACUUUAA